AUGUCGUUGAUGUCUGGGAGAGUGAAGGCAUCGUGUAACUCUGGUGCAGCAAGUCCAGCCCAGUGUAACCUGGUGCUGCUCGGUGUGAUGGGCUCUGGGAAAUCAGCACUGACGGUCAAAUUCCUCACAAAGCGCUUCAUCAGUCAAUAUGACCCCCACCUCGAAGAUAUAUAUUCAUCAGAAGAGAGGGUGGACCAGCAGCCAGUCACAGUGAGAGUGAUGGACACCUGUGACCAGGACAUAGAAAGGCUCCAAACCUUCAACCUUCAGUCCUGA